AUGACUGAAGCACAAGAACAUCCUCCCGCCGUACUCACUUCUCUAUGGUACCUCCCAGAGCCCUCCACAUUCCCACCCACCGCACGUGAGGUGUUCAAGAAGCACACCAAUCUUGCAGAUGAUGAAAUCAUACCUCAUGUUAUAUCUGUGCGCGAUACUGCUUUGAAAAUCUUCCCUUACCCAUGCAUCGGUUCUUUCCGUUUCCUCGACUUUUCAAUCUCAGAAUCGUCGGCCUAUGAUGAGAUCGUAUCCCGUCUCAAAUCAGGCGAGAAGCUGCUCGAUCUCGGAUGUUGCUUUGGGCAGGAUAUCAGGAAACUUAUCUCGGACGGUGCGCCUUCGGGUAAUAUCUAUGGUUCAGACCUACAAGCCGAAUUUAUCGGCAUGGGAUAUGAUCUUUUCAUGGAUAAAGACAAAAUAGAGACCAAAUUCAUUGCCCCAGCCGACAUAUUCGACGAAUCGGAGGCAUCCCCGCUGAACAGUCUCGACGGGCAGAUGGACAUUAUUCAUAUUGGAUCUUUCCUGCACUUGUUUACGCUCGAAGAUCAGGUACGUGCGGCUAAGAGGAUCGCUCGGAUGCUCAGCCCCAAGAAGGGGUCGAUGGUAGUGGGGAGACAAGGGGGCAGUUCGAUUCCGGGCGAGUUUGACCACAGCGUGCACAUGCUCGAAGGGAAAAUGUAUAGACACGAUAUGGAGACUUUCAAUAAUUUCUGGAAUAAGGAAGUUGGUGGGGAAUGGCAAGUUGACGGAACGUUUACGCCGAUAGAGCUACCAAAGCAAGCCGAGGGGCGUGAGGGUGCCGGGUGGUUGAGGUUUACGGUGAGAAGGAUUUAG